UGGGACCAUUAUCAGAUAACGUCAAACUAAAAGUCGGUUCCCUAAUUGAGAUUUAUAGGUUAUCAGGAUAUGUUCUCCAAACAAAAGUUAUGGGUGAGCUGGUAAGCAAGGUUGACAGUCAACUUCUCUGCAAGACAAUGAUCUAUUUCUAUCUUGGACAUGAUGACCUUGAUAAGGAAGCCAGGGAGAAAUUUGGGAUGUUUCUGCUUUCUCUCUUCUAGGUCGAUCGCUUGCUGAAGUCAUCUUAUAGAGAUUUAAGGAAUAAGGUUUAAAUAUACUCCAGAGUAGCUCAAUAAUAUAAGAAUAUAACAGCUCUGCGCUUGAUGUUACAAAAAGAGCCAGUAUUGUUUAAAUUGCAACUCCAAUUUAACCUUCUUUUUUCCCCUGCAAAACUUCCUUCUAGUUGUAAUAAGCUAAGAAAAGCAAA